AUGGAAUCUAGCUUCUUCGACCUUUUCGGUCCGUCCCCGCCGUCGGGCUCAUCCAGCUCGGGCAGCGACUCCGACCUUCGCAAUGGCAACAGCAACGACGACGACGGCGGAGGCGGCGGCAGCGGCAGUAACGAGCGGAUCGAUUCCAUCGGCCAGCUGCUGCAGCGUGGCCACCACCAUCACCGCGACGGCAGCAGCUACGAGCUGCUGCAGCAGAAAGGCUUCGACUUUAACCGUGGCUUUCUGCCGCCCGAGCCGCAGGUCGGCAACAUCGAGUACAAACUGAAGCUAAUCAACCCGUCGAAGCAGCGGUUCGAGCACCUGGUCACGCAGAUGAAGUGGCGGUUGCGCGAGGGCAACGGCGAGGCGAUCUACGAGAUCGGCGUGUCCGAUUCGGGCUUCCUGCAGGGGCUGAACGACGCCGACAUGACCGUUUCGCUGCAGACGCUCAACCAGAUGGCCCGCAAGCUGGACGCGUCGACCAGCAUCCUGCGGCGGAAGAGCCUGGCCGACCAGCGGAGCGUGGUGGAGGUGCUGGUGCGCAAAAUACCCGACGACCAGCACAACAUCGAGGUGCGGGUGGCCGUGCUGGGCGGUGCCGACGCGGGCAAGUCCACCCUGCUCGGCGUGCUGACCCAGGGCGAGUUCGACAAUGGGCGCGGGCUGGCGCGGCUCAACAUGUUCCGCCACAUGCACGAAAUACAGACCGGCCGCACGUCCUGCAUAUCGCACGAAAUGCUCGGCUUCGAUGCGGAGGGCAGCGUGAUCAACUACAAGUACAACGAGAUGAUGACCGCCGAGGAGAUUAGCGACCGGUCGACCAAGCUCGUCACGUUCAUGGAUCUGGCGGGGCACCGGCGCUACCUGAAGACCACCGUGCAGGCCCUGUCCGGCUACUGUCCGCAGCACGCGCUGAUCGUGAUAGCGGCCGGCAACAUUAGCAACAUGACGCGCGAGCAUCUGGCGAUCAUACACGCGCUCGACAUCUCGUUCUCGAUCAUCGUGACGAAGAUCGAUCUCGCCCCGCCCGACCCGAUCCUGUUCGAGCUGAAGAAUCUGCUCACCUCGAUCGGCUACCGGAAGGUACCGUACUUAAUCAGCAACCAGGACGACGUGCUGAACGCGAACGCGCACCAGAGCGUGGAGCAGAUCGUGCCGAUCUUCUGCGUGUCGAACGUGACCGGCGCCGGGCUGGACCUGCUCAUCCAGUACCUGUACGUGCUGUCGCCGGGCAUCAGCAACGCGGAGAAGGAGCGGCUCGAGCAGCAGCCGAUCGAGUUUCAGAUCGAUGAAAUCUUCCGAGUGGCCGAGGUGGGCACGGUCGCCGGCGGGCUGCUCUGCAAGGGCGUCCUCACCGAGAACAGCCAGGUGAAGGUGGGCCCGCUGCAGGACGGCUCGUUCUUUUCCGUCACCGUGCAGACGAUCCACCGGAACAAGGCGCCCUGCCGGGUGGUGCGGGCGGGACAGAGCGCUUCGCUGUCGUUCAACGCGAUCGAGCCGAUGCCCGUGCUGCGCAGCGGCAUGGUCAUACUGCCGGACUACGAAAGCGAUGAGGUAGCCUGCGGGUGCUUCUUCUUUCAGGCACAAGUGUCCGUACUGUUCCAUGCGACGCGCAUCUUUAAAGGAUUUCAGACUACCGUACACAUCGGUAGCAUCCGGCAGACGGCCAUCAUCGAGGGCAUUAUGGGGGCCGGCGACACCGGCAUCGGUACAAAUCAGUCCGCCUCGGUGCUGUUCCGGUUCGUGCGGCAUCCGGAGUACGUGCGGCCGGGCAUGCGGAUACUGCUGCGCGAGGGCACCAGCAAAGGCAUCGGCAAGGUGACGCAGGUAUUCCCGCUGGCGCAAACGCAACACAACCAAACCACCACCACCACCACCGGCUAGGGCUGUUUGCAAGCAACGCCCGCGGCACAAGUAACGCGCAAGUGUUACGCGCUUGACAUGAACUGUAUAAAACCCUGACGUAUGAAUUUAAUUGAAGUGUGACGAUUGAAUUGGAAAUAAAAUUUCUGUGAUUUAAAAACAAA